AUGGCUGGGGACUUCAACGCCUGGGCAGUCGACUGGGGCAACAAGGAGACAAACACGAGGGGACAAACGCUACUGAAGGCCAUGUCUUUCUUGGACGUGGUACUGUUGAACAGUGGCGAAAAUCCAACUUUCGAGAGAGGAGGGGCUAGUUCAAUCAUAAACCUCACCUUCGUAAGCAGCAGCCUUGCUAGGGGAAGCUGCAACUGGGAGGUGAUGGAUAUCUACACCGCUAGUGACCACUACACGAUUUCCUGGGAAGUAUCCGCCGUUCGGAAAACUGGAUCUGCAGCCAACAAGACCAACGCGGUUGGAUGGAAGUCGAACGCCCUUGGGUCCAACUUACUCCGUGAAAUAUUCGACGAUCGCCCGAUCCGAGGAAGCAACGCCACGGAGAAAGUGGGGGAAGUUAUGCGUAGAAUCACCGAAGCCUGCGAUGCAACUAUGCCCCGAAGCCUAGUACAAGCAACCAUCCAUCGGUGUACUGGUGGAACAACACCAUCGCCACCCUACGAAAGACUUGCAUUCGAGCGAGGAGGCAAGCACAACGAGGCCGGAAGAAGCCAAACUCCAAAGAACUGGAGAUCAAGUAUAAGGAGGCACGCCGGACACUCAAUAAGGCGAUCAAGGAAAGUAAGAGAGGCGUGGAAUGAGCUCCUUGACGAAGUCGAAGUGGACCCGUGGGGGCGACCCUACGGUGUGGUCAUGAAGAGGUUCAGAAGCCAGCCGAUGCUGUCGCCUACGUGCCCUGAGCUUUUGGAGAAAAUCGUAACGGUGCUGUUCCCACAACAACCGGAGCUCGACUUCUUCACUGAGAAGUGCGAUGCAGAGGCGAUCCCACCAGUGACACUUGAGCAGCUGCUGGAAGCUUGUGGCAGAUUCGGGAAUGCCAAGGCACCAGGAAUGGAUGGAAUCCCGAAUGCCGCCCUGAAAGUGAUAAUCAACGCAGCGCCAGAAGCCUUCCUGAGUGUCUAUAAUGCGUGUCUUCAGGAGGGGAUAUUUCCAACCAAGUGCAACUACUUCACAGACAGAGUCCUGAAAUACGAUACAGACGCGUGCCCAAAAGAGUACAGAGUCACUGGUGGCGUUCCCCAGGGCUCGGUGCUUGGCCCUCUCUUGUGGAACGUUAUGUACGACGGUCUUCUGAAGUUAGCGUUACCCAAGGAGGCUAUACUCGUCGCAUUUGCGGAUGAUGUAGCUCUGGUAAUCGUUGCAAAACGCCUGGAGGAGAUCAAUUAUAUUUUCGAUAUUGCAUAUGACAGAAUUCGUCAAUGGAUGGACUCAAUGGGACUGAUGCUGGCAGAACAUAAAACGGAGGCUGUGCUUAUCACGAGCCGACAGAAGAUCAAAACCAUCACGCUGCAUGUCAGGAAUCACGACAUCACCUCCCAACCAUCCCUACGAUACCUGGGAGUGAUGAUAGAUGCUUGA